AUGAACACCUCUGGAAAUUUCUGUCUUAAGUGUGGUUGUGAGUUUUUGGAUAAAAAAAGAAAGAGGAAUAUUACUGGCGAAUUUGGAAAGAUUUACCAGGCUGUGUUCAACGAAAAUUUAAGUGAAAAUGACUCUGUGCCUCGUGCAGUUUGUGCCAGCUGCAAAUACCAAAUUGAAAAGGCAUGGCAACAGUCAAGAAAAGCAGAAGAACAGUCAAUUCAAUACUUGUCAUUGUUAAAAAGAAAACAUGACCAGUCUCCUUUGUCAUCAAGUUGUGGUGACGAGCAAACAGUGACCCGAAUAGAACGUAAGAAGAAAGGUCACAGACUUGUUUUUGAAGCCAACUGCCCUGAACAAAUGUGGGUAACAGCAAAUACACAUCCAGCAAAAGAAUUUCCAUAUAUUCUACCAAAGUUUUUCACAACAUCUGCAGCAGUGGCUCAUGCAUGUGUCAGUGAACCGCCAUCAACCAUACGUCAAGUCAGAGAAGUACAUAAUGUUGCUACGCAGACUGCAAAAUCAAGCUGUCAUUGCCAGCCAAGUGCAAAAAAAGGUACAUUUGUUAAGGUAAGCAGCCAAUAUAAUAUUAUUGUUCCAGUAAUUAUCAGGACAACUUGACUACAAGAUCAGCUAAGUUACGUGAACUGAUCUUAUCAUAUUCAAACAUUACUCACGUCAUGUCAUAUUUGGGGAAUGAAUUCAAAAAUACUAGUCUUGGUCCCCAAAUAAAAUGAAGGCUGCAGUGUAAUAAACCACUUGCGGAAAUUCUAGACCUGCACAUGUGGCAACUAAACAUGUAACCACUUAGUCAUCUGUCCAGAUUAGUCUUCUUGUAACCACAGGGUAUAAGCAUGUGUUUUGCAGUAAUACCCUAGUUUAGUGGAGUGGCAACUAGUUCUAAAUCAGGACCCCUUUUGUCCAAAUGUCUCACAAGUUAUACCUCAACUUAUAAUAACAUUGAAAAACUGCUAAAUUUCAUUAUCAUGGGCAACAAGUAAUAGUAUCAAUCUAAGCAGUAUGCCUUUAUUUAUGAAUGCAAUGAAUAAUGAUGUUGUUUUCUUUGUAAUGAUGUUGAUUCAGUUGUAAUUUUGUUCUUUAAUAUACAAUGAUUCUUAUGUUCUGAUCAAGGUGAUUGUGCACUUCAAAUCCAAAACUGUGUCAAGGGAAUUACCCAAAGAUCAAAGUGGUCUGGGGAUAGCCCUUUGCUUAAAACGACCUGCUUCAGCAAUCAGCGCAGCUGCUUUUAAAUCCAAAAGUUUGAGAAAUUCUUUGAUUCAUCGUACCUGCCUCCAAAUCAACAAGGAGUGUCGUAAACUGGAGAAGAAAUCCUUGCUAAAGAAGACUGCUGUUAGAGACCUCAAACACUUUCAGUGGAAUGCAGUUCUCAAAGAAUGGAUGAAGGAAGCCCCUACCUUUUACAAAGUCCUUACGUCUAUAGCAAUGCCCCCCACAAUUUCUAGGAACCAGAGGAAGAAACAGUUGUUGAAGCCCAUAAUUGGUUGUGCUGGUGCAGUACUGCUCAAGGGACGCAAUUCAAGGUUAUCUGCUGUGCAACAUCUUGUUGGCCUUUCACUGUUUCUUGGGCGAACACGAAGAAAGGUGAGUUAUUGUUUCAGUAGUUCCAGACAUGGAGCUAAGGUGGCUGGUCCUACUCUGUGACCAAAAUGAAGUUCAUGGUACCUUAGUUUUGGUCAAAAAUAAAGAGGGAGCAUGGCCCCUCCCCUAGUUCUGUGACCUGAUACCACUUGCUAGUAAUAAUAGUAUACUGUGUAUGACAAUUACACCUCUUGUUUUAUGUCUUUGAUGACUUGUUUUAAUAAUAACCAUCAGGGAUUUUCAAGACUACAAAAGCUUGGAGUGACUGUUUGCAAAGCUGUAACAAACAGAAAGAUUGCAGAAGUAUCACUUGGCUACAGCAAGAAAGUGAAGGCGUGGAGAGCCAAUGUUGAAAACAAAAACAAAGAUCCCCCAGAAGAGGUACAUGUAGUUAGCUGAAAUGUUCAUUGAAUUUGAAACAGUAAUAGUAACAGUAAUUUCCUAAGAGAAAACAGUUACAGAAAUGCAUUUUUAUUCUUUGUUGUCUUGAAUUUAUUAAAAUGUAUGCUCAUGUUGGUCCAACAUUAUUUUGCAGCUUACUGUUGUUGAAGAGAGAGGAGAAGAAAGUACUGCAGUGGAUACACCAUCUGAAGAUCCAAAUGUUGGUAUGAUAAUGAUUUGCAAUUUUUAAGAGACAUUUAUACGUAGUAGAAAUAGCCUGUAGGUGUUCUUAAUGCAAUAACUAUUAUACUUACAAAUCACUGACAACUGAAAUAAUCUGCCAUUUAAUAAAAAAAAAAUGACAGCAAUAAGGAUAUUAUUACUGUAGAUUAAAAGCAUAGGCAUAAAUUUUUUCAGAAUACAUGUUGGUCACCAAAACCAUCUGUAAAAUACCCAAAUUAGCAAUUCAAAUAAGCACCCCUUGAGUCUAAUAUUAUUAAAAUUAGAGACCCCAUUGAAAUAAGCACUCCCCCAACCUACCCUAAACAAUUACUGAAUCUGAAUAUCUGUGAUAGAAGGAGAAUAAAAUAUUUUCAACACCAGAACUAUAGGUCUUAAAAGGGAACAGAAAUUUGAGAGCGGUCACACAGAUUUGUGUUUCUUCUUAUAGAUACAUGUACAUUCUGCUACAGUGGAUCUAUUUACUGGGAAUGAGUUGACAGUUUGUUAUUUUGUUAGGCCGAGACAUAAAACCAAAGUAGCCACCCUUACCAAAUAAGCACCUGCUGUUUAAUGAGUGCCUCCUCUCAACUCUGACAGACAUUUGCUAAUUCAAGCAUUUACAGUUGUUUUACUUUACUUUUUACCAGACUGUGAAGAUGUCCCAGAUGGUUUUGAUUCAAGGUCAGUAGUGUCAAAUGACUCCCUUGUCAGUUCGGUAAAUUCAGAUUCAGACAACAAUGAUGAUUCUGGAGAAGCUACACCUCUGCAGUACACUAAUGGUGUGUGUGACUAUGGCUUGAAUGGGGACAAUUUGGACUGGCUCAAAAGACCUUCCAUCUACUCAAAGGAUAAGGACACUGAGUCAGUACACUGGUUUAAUUUGUUGGCUUAUGACAACAGGGUUGCUAACUUGGAUUUGAAUGAUGAUGCACCUAUCAGACACAUCAUGGAAUUACCCAAUUCAAGUUUCCUGCCCACACCAGAAGAUCAUGCAAAACUCAAAAAAGACUUUAUUGUGCUUGUGCUUCGUAUCCUAACCAAGCAUUGCAAGUUCUUCAGUCAGUUUUCUCACAUGGUUCCUUCUCACCUUGCUCAUCAAUACAGCAAGGAAAUGCGUCAGCACUCCCAUAUUGUAGGUUUCAACUUAACUAAUGUUCUGUUCCUUCUGAUCAGCUAGUUAUUGUUGUAAAUGUUAUAGCAUACAGGUAUUCUGAUUAUUAUCAUCUUUUUUAUUGAAAACCACAACUGGCAGUGCACCUUUAUAAACAGAUUUGGCUCCAAUUUUUCUGUUGUUUUUUUUUCUGUUGCUUCAUUACAGAAGUUAGGUAUAAGCAAAAGGAAUCCAGCAGACCACUUUUUGGAUGUAUCAGUUUUCUGAAUUUUUUUUUAUCCUUUGGGGGGCAGGGGUUUGGGGACAGAAAACUUUGAGGUGCUUCCUUGUUAUGGGGGGGAAGGGGCAUUAGACUUUGGAGAUGGUCAUUAGGGUGUCAUGAAAGUUUAUCAGGAAUUUUCAUUGAAAUACCAUCAAAAAGCCUUAUCGUAUCAAGCAGAAUGAGCUUACAGACAUUACCAUGCCCAGUGCUGUUUCUUGUACCGCAUCUAGAAGAAGAGUGGGGCCAAGCGCAUAAGAAGAAUAAUUUUGCUACUAAAUCAGUGUUAUAUGUUGCUUCCCAGACAAUAUUCUUUAAUGCUGGGAGGGGGUCAUUUAAUUUUUGUUGUCUGAGGGGGGUUAAAAGUUAUUGAAAGGAGAGCCAUAGAGCCCCCACCCCAUCCGAAAGGCAAUCAAAAUAAUUAAUAAAAUGACUGAAUGCCAUAGUGGUAACAUGUAAUUUACAUGCAUGGUUAAAGUACCCUAAAAUGGAGCAUUGCUCUGUAGCCUGCCGGUUGAAUCGGGUGUUGUAGAAUAUUGCAUUUUACCUUCUCAAAAAUUUUAUUUUUGAUGAACAGAAACCAGAUUUUUAAUUAAACUAUCAAACAAGUUCUGAAAUUAUAAUAUAAGAAAUAGAAAUGGUAAAAAUAAUUAUAAUAAUAAUAAUAAUAAUAAUAAUAAUGUUUUAGCUGUGAGACCACUUCAGCAGGUGAUCUUCAGUGGGGUUCUGAAUGUUAUUAUUUGGAACACCGAUGAUAAGAAGGUAAUAGGUGAUAAAUUUAUUACUUGUACUAUUAGCUAAACCCUUUUUUGAAAUCAUCAGGUACACUUGGGUCUCUUGGAAAAAAAUGAGAAUAAAAUCCCUGAGAUGUUAGAAAUUCUUCAGCACUGUAAUGAGGAGUAUGUUCCAACUAAUGCUGACAAGUCCAGAAUUCUUCAAAAGAUACCGCUGGGCGGCGACCAUUUAACUGUUGAACGGGCUGUCAGUGCUGUUAACGCCGUUGCUGAUGCAGAUAGUCCUUAUGAAAGACUCCAUGGCCUUGUGCUAAAACAUGAAGAUUUUCAUUGUGAGAUGAAUUUUCUACAGGUGAUAAAUAAAGGAAUAUGCUCCAUUUAACAUAAAACUUUGUCCUUAUUGGAUUUCCAUUACUGCUUUUUUAAUGGUCCACUUUAAUAUCUUAACAAACAUUAGUAACUCUAUCUGCACUGGUGGAUUAUUGGUUAUUUUAUCAGUAAGAAAUUUAUUUUUAAUGUUAUUUUGGAUAAUCCUAUAAAUAAAGUAUGUAUUACUUUAAAUGUAAAUUUGCAGAUGCUGUUUGAUUAUCUCUACAAAAGCCAGUCAGUGGGAGACUUGGGAACCCUGUAUCAACUAAAAACAAGAUUGAACAGAAAAGACGUGUGUGACAAAGUAAACAAAUCAUAUCAUGGAUGUGAAGCAUUCUUCAACUCCGUUGUAGAUGGGUAUAUAGUAUAUGCAGCCAUGGUAUUUUUUGGCAUGGAAUCCCCAAACAGUACUCCUAACUCAAACCAACUGGAACCUGGUGCCACAUCACAGACACAGUUGUUUGAUGCAGUAGAGAAACUUGUGGAGAAGUAUGUCCUUCUUGAAGCGCAACCUGCAGCAGUACUCUUCACUGAUAUACAACAAUCAGAACAUCCCCAUAUUUUUAAGUGUAGGUACCCAGAUUGUAACAGAGAAUAUCAACACGAGAAGCGGAGAAACAACCAUGAAGUUACAGUGCAUGGCCUGAACAUAACAAAUCAUGAGCAAAAUGAAAGAAGUCCCCCAGAUCCACGCAAUGAAGAUGGGAUUUUCAAUUACUCGCAUAACAUUGUCAAAACGGGUCUUCUUUUCAAAGAUUUUCAAGAUGCAAUUAAAGAGGGUGAUGGAGGAAGAGUUGAAUACCUAUGGAAAUUUAUGAUGCUGUUGUUUAAAGUGAGUGGGAAGACAAAAUAUGCUUUGGCAGCUGUAAGACUCCACGCACAACUUCAUGCACUACUUACACCAAAAGAGGCCCAUUCUCUCCGCUGGAACCGUACUGUAAAUCUCAAAGGUGGGGUGGGGAGAAACAUUGCAAUUGAUCAAGCCAUGGAGCAUUGGGUAAGAGACACAAAGCAGCUGAUGUAUGGCCAAGGUGCAAACCUUUCGUUCAAGGUGGCUCAGACCUACAGCAGGGCUAGUGACGAUGUCAAGUCCAUCAUGAACAAUUUUGAUCAGACAACUAACGUCCGCAGAGAGUCAACAAAACACAAAAGAGGGGAAGAUUCAGACAUCACUACCAUUGUCAACAUUUUAAAGGAAAUUGAAGCAUUUUGUGAAGUUCCUGGAAGAACGCACCCUAAUGUUGGAGCCAUCCCUAAAGACCCCAUAUCUGUUCUUGACUUUGCAGACUUAAAUGCAUGGUUAACAAAGCACAAGAAGAGCUGGGUAAAUUCAGUUUAG